AUGUCUAAGUCAGAGAAAUCCGCCGUCAUCUCUACUCAUAGGGAUUCCGUAUCCGUCAUACACCCAACAAAUGGAACUGCCCAGGUGAAAAAGAGGUUCAAUUUCUGGACGGCCUUUAGCGUCGCCGUCUGCACCUCCGGAGCGUGGGAAGGCUGGACGGCCUCUAUCGCCCAAGGUAUCGCGGGUGGCGGUUCCGUGGGUCUCGUCUGGGGUUGGGUGUUUGUCUCCGUCGGAAUCACCUGCAUGGCUUGUGCCCUGGCAGAGUUCGUCAGUAUGUGGCCAUCCGCUGGAGGACAGUAUGUUUGGUCCGCCAAUCUUGCUCCUCCCAAGUACUCUCGAAUCCUGAGCUGGACUACAGCCUGGUUUGGUCUUGCCGGCCUUUGGCUCGCGGCCUUGUCUUGUGGUAUUGGAGUUGCAGUUCAGAUCCAGUCGUACGUAAUAGUCAACAGAGAAUACGAACCCAAGACCUGGCAUGCGUUUGUGAUCUGCAUUGCUUGCAUGUUCUGUUGGAUAAUAGUCAACAUUUUCGCUGUCAAAACGCUUCAUUAUAUGAAUAUGACGAUCCUUGUGCUCCACGUUGUCGGGUAUUUCGUCGUCAUCGGCAUAUUGACUGGUUUCACGGAGGAGAAGCAUGACGCCAAAUACAUCUUCACCCACUUCCAAAACAGCACCGGUUGGGACAGUGAUUUUGUAUCUUGGUCCAUAGGACUCCUUGCCGCUCUUUACGCCUAUCUUUCUAUAGACACGGCAAUCCACUUCAGCGAGGAAAUUCCCCGAGCAAAUGUCCUCGUUCCAAGAGCCAUGGUUUUGCAAGCUGGUAGCACUGCGUUGAUGACUUUUCCGUUCAUCGUCGUUGCCAUCCUUUGCAUCGGCGAUAUCGACGCGGUUCUCGGUUCUCCCAUCGGCUUGAUGAGCCCGUUCACGCAGAUCCUGAUCAAUAGCACGGGAAACGUCCCCUUGUCCACCUUUCUCAAUUGCAUAAGCACAACUGUGGCGAUGGCAGCCGGCUUUGAUCUCUGGGGUGCCGCAUCUCGGGCCAUAUGGAGUAUGGCUCGCGAUAACGCCCUCCCCCCGGCCAUGGCGAAGCUCCACCCUCGCUGGGGCGUUCCGGUUCUCGCCAAUCUCAUUUUAAUCGUGCCCUCUAUCGCGGUUUUCCUGAUUUACAUUUGGAAUACUACGGCAUUCUACGGCAUCAUGGCGGGUGUCCUCGUCGCGUUCCAGCUUUCCUAUGUGGUUCCGCUCGGCAUAAACAUCUUUUACACAGCCUGGUGGAAGAAGGAUCUUGUGAAAGGACCGUUCAACAUGGGGAAAUUCGCCUUGCCAGUCCACAUCAUCGGCUUUUUGUUUGGCUGUUUCAUGGUCUUGUUCAUGUCAUUCCCCGUUAAUAGUCCGGUCAACGCUACCAAUAUGAACUAUGCGGCGACAAUUCUCGGUGCCGUGUUUAUACUAUCUAUGGUACUUUGGGUAUUUUAUGGGAGAAAACACUACUACGGUCCUCUCGAGUUUGCUGCGACUGAACCGAUGUCAAUGUCGGUCGAGGGGGAGGUCACUAGUGAUUCGAAGAAUGGCGAUUGGGUUUGA